UGAGUGCGUGGAGCAGCGCGGCUCUUCUGCUCGGUUCAUUAAACUGAAAUAAAACCGUUUUUUACGCCCGUGUCGGCGCCACUAACGCGGGUUGUCGCUUUGUUCUUCAGAUUGCAGCCAUGGGCCGCCGUCCAGCUCGCUGUUAUCGGUACUGCAAGAACAAGCCGUACCCGAAGUCUCGUUUCUGCAGAGGAGUCCCCGAUCCAAAGAUCAGGAUCUUCGACCUGGGCAGGAAGAAGGCCAAGGUGGACGAGUUCCCCCUGUGUGGCCACAUGGUGUCUGAUGAGUACGAGCAGCUGUCCUCGGAAGCUCUGGAGGCCGCCCGCAUCUGUGCCAACAAGUACAUGGUGAAGACCUGCGGCAAGGACGGCUUCCACAUCCGCAUGCGGCUGCACCCCUUCCACGUCAUCCGCAUCAACAAGAUGUUGUCCUGCGCCGGAGCCGACAGGCUCCAGACGGGGAUGCGUGGCGCCUUCGGGAAGCCUCAGGGCACCGUGGCCCGGGUGCACAUCGGCCAGGUCAUCAUGUCCGUGCGCACCAAGACCCAGAACAAGGAGCACGUGGUGGAGGCUCUGCGCAGGGCCAAGUUCAAGUUCCCCGGCCGUCAGAAGAUCCACAUCUCCAAGAAGUACGGCUUCACCAAGUUCAACGCCUGCGACUUCGACGACAUGAUGGCGGAGAAGCGGCUGAUCCCGGACGGCUGCGGGGUGAAGUACAUCCCCAGCAGAGGCCCGCUGUCCCGCUGGAAGUCCCUGCACGCCCAACUAGCAGCUGUCUCCGUCCUGCCAGGUGGACUCAGACUCUGGUUGAGUUACUGUCAGGCUGAGACGCAGGAGGAAGCUUCAGCUUUCCGUCAGAAGCAUUCAGGUCUGUUCAUCCUCCACCAGAACAAGAACUAGGUUCGGCCGCCUCGU